UCAUCAAAAAUAACAAAUCAUGAGAAAGAGUUUCAAUAAGAUGCAAACCAGAAGGCAGCAUCUUGUAAACACAAUAACGUAAAUAUCGAAAUAUGUAGAGACCAAAAGCCCCGAGUAAUUCACGUACCAGACAAAACUCCUUACCGAACCCUCCGUAACUUACCGAUAACAAACCCUCAACCUCAAAUCUCACCUUCACGAUCCUUCCCUUCCCUCCUCCUCUCAUCCCCAUGUAAGCCACCCAACCACCACAACCAUGCCAUCCAAACUCCGACCAAACUCCCUGUCGCAUCUGUCACGAUGUCUACGGACAUCUCAUCCACGACCCCAAUCACGAUUCUUCUCUUCAACCCCGCGAAGAACCACAGAUGGCGUGUACGGUGAACUAACAGCCAUGCGGACGCGGACUCCCUUCAUCGAAGCUUUUCGCAAGCAGCAAGCUGGGGAGAACCCAUCGCUGGCGGUGCCGACUGCUAUUCAUGAGCGGGAUAUAUCGCCAAAGAGCCCCAAGGAGAGCUUCACGCGGGUUAUCCUCCCACUAGCCCGCGACCCCUGGCUGCUAGACAGCUACAUCAACAGCUCAGGACACAUCCGUCUAGGAACGAUAUUCAUGGAUCUCGACGCCCUCGCCGGCGUAAUCGCCUACAAGCACACAGGCGACUCCGUAAUGACCGUCACCGCUGCCGUCGACCGAAUCACGCUCAAACAUCCAUUGAGCGAGAUCUGUGAUCUAGAGUUGAGUGGACAGGUCAGUUUUGCUACUGGGAGGAGUAGUAUGGAGAUCUCGAUUCAGGUUGCGAAGGCGGCGAAGGAGGGGGAGAAGAGAAGCGAGGAGGAUGUGCUUCUUACUUGUGCGUUUACUAUGGUCUCGUUGGAUCCAACGACUAAGAAGCCUGUUGCUAUCAGUCCUCUCAUCACUGAGACUCCAGAAGAGAAAUCUAUGUUUGCUCAAGGAGAAGCAAACUAUGCCCGGAAGAAGUCAGCCGCAGCUCUGGCCUUACGAAAGCAAACCCCCAACGACGAAGAAUCCGACCUAAUCCACCAAAUCUGGCUCACCCAACAAGACUACCACAACCCCAACACGCCCACCCGGAAACCCGCCUCCGCACUCUACAUGCGCAACACGACCAUCCAAACCGUGCAGAUCAUGCAGCCGCAAUACCGCAACCGCCACAACUUCAUGAUCUUCGGCGGCUUCCUCCUGAAAUCCACCUUCGAGCUAGCCUUCACCUGCGCCUCCUCCAUCUCACACACCCGCCCCACAUUCCUCUCCCUCGACCCCUCCGUAUUCGAGAAUCCCGUCCCUGUAGGCUCAGUGCUGUACCUGACUGCCACGGUGGCGUACUCGGAUAGUGAGCUGGUGGAGGAUGGCUCGCUGCAUAAGAUGAGUCCGGAGGGGAGCAGCCGGAUUCAGAUCCGGGUUGAUAGUAAGGUGAGGGAUAUUGAGCAUGGGGAGACGAAGCCGACGGGGACGUUUAAUUAUACGUUUGAGGUGAAGAGGGAUGUGAGGAUUGUGCCUGAGACGUAUGGUCAGUUUAUGAUGUUUCUGGAUGCGAGGAGGAGGUGUAGGCUUGUGGGGGAGAGUGUGGAUGGUGCGGGGGAUGGGAAGGGAGGUGGGGUUUUGGAGUAGGUCGGUUGGUGUGAGAGGUUGUGAUGUGGAGCAUGUAAUGCUUGGGGACAUUAGGACAGAAGAGAGACUGCAUUGUAUGUGGGCCUGGCGAGGACCAAUCGUCUAAUUUGGAAAGAAAAGUUGUGUACAGAAGCAAUCUUGAAGUAGCAUACAUGCUAUUAUACGCAUUCAGCUUGACAACAACUAUUCCUGUAGGACUUGAUAAACAGAAAAAUAAAAACAUGACCUGAAUUGUACUUUAGAAAAU